GGCGCCGAGCGCAGCCAUGGGCAAGAGCCGGGCGCGGCGGUUCCGCAGGGCGCCCCGCGACCCCGCGCAGCAGCGCGACGGCGAGCGCGGCCCCGAGGAGGAGGCGGCGGCGGAGCUGCUGGAGAAGCUGCAGCAUCCCAGUGCUGAAGUGAGGGAGUAUGCCUGUGCCAGUAUUUCCAAGCUGCUGCAGCAGCAGCGCGUCAUCCCAGCCUUCGUGCAGCGGGACGUGGUGCGCUGUCUGGGGCCCUUGCUGAUGGAUCACAGUUUGGCUGUUCGGGAGACAGCUGCAGGUGCUCUCCGAAAUCUGAGUGCUUGUGGAGGAUUUGAUGUCUGUGAUGACAUGGUGACCAACGACAUCAUGACACCCCUGGUUGCACUUCUGAAAGAGUGCAGCACUGGACUGGAUGCUAACCAGCACUCUCCAAAGAAAUGCAGAGGGAUUAACAAAAAUUAUAUUGAAGACAUAGCCAAUGAGGCUAUUAAUUUGCUGUGGAAUAUAUGUGAAUGCAACAAUACUGCCCUAUACAUAUUCAAUAAAGAAGGAUGUCUGGAGGCUGUCUUACAUUACAUGAAGAAAUUUGCCACAAAUGUGGAUCUGGCUAUUUCAGUAGCAAACUGCUUGCAGGCAGUGACAGAAGAUAAUCCAGAUCUUCUUUCUUCAUUUAAUGCUUCUGCACAGCAAAUACUGGAAACAGUGAUGUUGAGUCCAGAGAGCACCAUGAAGCACAUCCUUCUGAGAACACUGAUAGCAGGCACUAUCUGGAAUAUAAAGGAUACCAUUCCACCAGGCAGCCUGGGAAGCACAGUUAAUGCAAUCCUGAAGAUAUUUUCAGAAUCAUUGGCAAUAGAUGCUGGUGAAACAAUUAUUCGUAUGAAUGAAGCUGAGAAAAAUAGGUUAAAACUUGCUGUGGAAGCAGAAACUGAAGAAAACAUGAGUGAUACUGCAGAAAACUGUGUUUUGAGUGAAGAUGAUAACAUGGAAGAAAUACCAAAAGGAAAACUCAGAAGAGAAAAUGACGUUUCAGAUUUACUUCCAUCUGAUAAGUGGGAACUGAAAGAAGUGACAGCUUUACUGACGGCCCAGCAGACUGCUCUGGAAAUCAUUGUUAAUAUGUGCUGCAGUGAAGAUCCCUCUGAUGAUGAGUGGGAAGAACUGUCCAGCAGUGAUGAGAGUGACUUGUUCAUGGAAAACUCGUACAACGAGGGGAGUGGGCUGCUGCUGUCACCCCUGUGCCUCUCUGAUGAAGUUAACUCAGCAUUUCUGAACAACCUCAUUCCAAAGAAGAUUCUGGAAAAAACUGCUUUUCCGAACAGUGUUGCUCUAGGCAUCUGUACGCACAAUCCAUCUUGGAAACCAUUAAUUAAAAAACUGAAUGCAGUGCAGUGUAGAGCUUUAACGUGUCUUCAGAGCAUUUUGUUGGUGUCAGAUGUGGAUUGUCUUGGGGGAGCUUCAGCCCUUCAGUCGCUUGCACAGCAUCUCUCACAGCUGAUCUUUUCUAAAACAGAACUCCCUACAGACACAGAAUUCCUGGAAGCUGUAACCAGUGCUUUGAGGGCUCUUCUACAAACAAUGGCAUCAAAGAACAUCUCCCAGUGUAUGACUCCCGAGCAGCUACUGGCUUUAUGUGAGGCUGGUAUUCAAAGCAGCAAUGCCAGUGUUAGAGUGAACGUGGUGAGCAUCCUUGGAAUUUCUGGCAGUGUCCUGGCAAAAGGACAAGAUACAGCUGAAACACUGAAGAUGAUUGGAAAAUUUCUUCUUGAGGUUGCUGUGAAGGAAUCUUCUCUUGUGGUAGCAGGGGAAGCCUUGGAUGCACUUUUUGAUGUAUUUGCAGAUGGCGAAGAAGCAGAAAGGGCAGCGUUACAGAUCAGGUUGCUUCCAACACUGAAGGAAUUUCAGCCAGUGUUCAGAAUGAGGAUGCGAAAAGAAGGCAAAGGACAAUAUAGUACAGAUCAACUGUGUGUUCUUGACAAUGUGAAGAUGAAUUUGAGAAGAUUCAUUGCAUAUCAGGAGACACUAGGGAAAACCCCAACUUGAAACAUCGAGGAACUUUUAAGGACUCUCCCCUGCUGCAAAAUGUGCCUCUUGUCCUUUGACUGCACACGACCAAGAAGAGCCUGGCUCCAUCUCCUAACCCCCACUUGGCAGCUGAAAACAGCAAUUGUAUUUCCCUCUUCUCCAAGCCAAAUAAAACCAGCUCCCUCAGCUGUUCCUUGUAUGCCCUCUCACCCUCCAACCAUCUUAGUGGCCUUCUGCUUGACCUGCUCUGCUGUGUCUUGUACUGAGGGCCCAAAACUGGACACACUACUCCAGAUGUGAUCUCCUAGGUGCUGAAUAGAGGCAAGUAAUUGGUUUUCUUGUCCUGCUGGCCAUGCUUCUGCCAGCACAGCCUGUUAUUUGGUAGCUGUUGUCACUUCAAGGGUGCUCUGCUGGCUUCAGCUUACUGUCCACCAGGACCCUUUGGUCCUUCUCUCCAAAGCUGUCCUUUGGUCAUUUAGUCAAGAGCACUGUCCCAAAUGUAGGAGUUUGCAUUUUACAAGUGUAGCAGCCAGAAUUUUUCCUGGGGACCAUUAGAAAACCAAAGUAUUUAAGUUUUUGUUUUCGGUUUUUCUUUUAGGUUAUUGAUAAUAUCAUUAGGUUGAUAACAAGAAACAUUUAAUCUGCAAAUACAAAUCUGGCAGUUGCAGGUAAAUAUACAGAAGAUAGGGCAUCCAUUAGAAACAUGGUUUUCCUAAUAUAAUCAGUUAGACUGGUUUUUUUUCUUCAAGUGAAAAAACAGACUGACAUUUAGGUCUUAAACUAUUCUGGCAGUAGGAAGACACUGAUUAUUUUUUUUGCUAUGCACUGAUCAGCUGAACGUAUUGAAAAAAUAUUUUCACAAUAAGAUUGGUGCAUAGUACAAACCAUAUCACUUAAAGAUGCAAUAUUAAUGCAUCUAUGGAAGACAAAGCAAGUUAUGAGUGAUUUAAAGAAGGCAUCAAAUCAGGGACUAAAACCAGGUGAGAUACACUGGCACAAAAGAGCUAAGCUACAAGAUUGGGGCUACAAAAGUUGUUCUGACACAACUAAGGAAAAUCAAGGCAGCAGCAGAAGUGAUGAUAAUGUGAAAAUUAAAUGUUUUGGGGGUCUUUGAACACUGGUUUAUUUAAUAGGUCUAGGGUAAGCUUCAGACAAAGACAAGAUCCUUUACAGCCUACAAAGGGGAAGAUGGAUCUUGAUGGCAGAAAUUGGACUGAUGUAGACAGUGUGUAGCAUAACUAAAUAGAUACUAAAUAUAUGUAAGUGAUCUUCAUCAGUUGAUCUAAUCGCACAGAUAAGACUGCUAUCAAAACAGGUAUCUGAAUUGGGUUGCUUAUUCUGGUCCCUAAGGCAUCAUCUGUCUGCUUCAGUUAAAAGCCACAGUCCUUGGAAGGUAUGGAUUGCUGCUCUGCUUGUGUCCCUGCCUGAUGCUGAGCACGGCAAACUGGCUCUGAGCUGAGCUGUAAUACCAAAAUAGGUGCUGAAUUUACCUUGCUCUGGUGUCAAGUAGAGUGUGAAGGAGGCUGUGGGUCCCCUGCCCUGUUCAGGAGCAGCAGGACCACUGACAAUUUCUGCUGCUUGCAAAAUGUCGAAUUCCCAGCUGUGGAAAUAAGGAAUUAUCACUUGUGUGAUUUAAUUCUUGCUCUCUAUGAAAAGAAACAAGUGGCAAGAUUUAAAUGUAUAUUUGGUGUUUAUACAUCAUGCCUUGACAUUCAGAAGCAGAAGAUGGCUGUAUACCACAGUCAAGCCCAUAGUCUAACUUUCUGGGGGUUAUGGUGUGUGUUGAAGGUAAUUUUUUGCACAGUAUGGGCUUUUUUUUGCUUUUUUUUGAAGAUGCCUUCCUAGAGGAACAGGAAUAACUUCAACCAGUAGUACUUGGCUUGGUUUGAUGUUUGCAUUUUGAGAGACAAAUAUGAAAAAAAAAUGAGGGCACAGUAAAAUUACAAAAUGAGAACUGCGUAGGAGAACUAAUAAAUUUAAAAUCAGUUUGCAUUUUAAGUAUUACAAAUUAAAUUAAUAUCUUGUGGAAUAUUAACAUAAAACAACCAACCAAAAAUGUCCAUAAACUCAAGUUCUGUUUCCUUAGUGAGGGAUUUUCAAUAAAAACAUUCCUGAGGAUUGGAUGGAAACAUCUAGCCUUGCAUUUACUGUUGCAAAUUGCAAUUCAGGCAAUGGUAGUGGUGAUUGAAAAUAAUGUAAUUGUUCCUUUCUGGCACAAGUGACUUGAGCAAACAAUCUAUAUAUUGUUUGUUCUGGACAAGCUGUUAAGAUAUAUAACUUUAGAAUAAUUGGCAAAAUCUGGGGUCUCAGACAGCAAAUGAAGGCGCUUGAAGUUUUUCCACCAGGGCUGACACACGGUGAGCAUUUCUGUUUGAAGAAGCUUUUAUUUGAGUGGUGGGGGGUUUUUCGGUCUGAUUUCAGAUAUUUUAAAACUUAUUUUUUUGUACCUUCUGGGAAAAAAUUGAAAGCAUUUAAGUAAAUUCACUUAAAUUUCAUUUUGUUUCUGUAUAAUUUCUGUAAGUUUCUUCUCUCUGUGAGAGUCAUUUUGUCAAACAUACAGACAUAACUCAGUAACCACAUAAAGCCUAAUUGGAGCUUUGCACACGGGAGGAUGUAGGAACUUGCUUUUUUCUUUUGAAUGUGGGUGCCAGGAGCUCCUGGCAUUACUGUUACAUUAUGGAUUUUAAUCAAACUAUUUGGGAGCUGAAGUAAGAUCCCAGGGUAAUAAUCUGUUGGCUCUUGGGUUGUGGCUGCUGUGUGUUCUCAGCAGUGAGGGUCCUGAUGCUGCCCUGGCAUUAUGAGGUGCUCAGAUAAAUCCCUGCACCAUGCUGAAAGAUGUCUUGGGCUUUCAGUAAAGCUUCUCCUGGUUUUCUGUUCCUGCUAUGAUAAAAAUCCCAUUUCUCCUCUGACGUGAAUUUUUUUCAACUUUUAAGGAAUAUUGCAUUAGCCUCUUCCCUCCUCUCUGCCCCUUCAAAUGGAGAGUGAAAAGCACUUCCAAAAACUCAUGGAAGAAUGGCUGAUUCAGCUAGUAAAUGCAUGAUGUUUCCAGAUAGCCUUUCCUGGGAAGUUCCCUUUUUCAUAAAUAAAAGUGUUAAAAUUCAAACCAGUGAUCAAAAAAACCCCAAUUUGACCAUAUUAAAGUGUGGGUUUUGUUUUUUAUGCCCCCCAUGGCAUACUUGCUAAUUUAAAGCAUUUGUGUUACUACACCACCUGUAUUGUAUCUUGGCUAUAUUUGCUUGGGACUAGGGUUGCUACUGAGGAAUCCUGUAAAUUAAUAAACCUCAGUCCUGUAACAAAACUUGUUGACAUUGAUGUGCUGUGAGUGUAGACUAAAUCACCGAUUUUUUUGCAGAAUUAGCUUUAUUAAAAAAGGAAAACAAAUCAGUUAUUUUUCCUGAAGGUUGCUGUUACCUUCUUAAGGGUAAUGUAAAAUAAUUUAUUUGACUUAAAAUUUUCUUCAUUGCAUUUUUAAAAAUGUUUGUUAAUUGAAACUUUUUAAUUUGAAUUUUUGAUGUGCAGGGAAUAUUGUUUAGACUCUUCUUGUUACCUUUUCCUGCUACAUAUAUAAUUCUCAGAAUAACUGAAGAAUAUGGGGUUUGGAAAAUAAGGUUAUUCAUAGUGGUUAUUUCCCAAUUCCAAGACAUGUUCAAGUCCCACCAGUUUCCAUUUGGCUUUCACUAGUAGUUUUAGGUGCAGGUCCUGAUUUUCAAAGCAAUUAAGUUUGUCAGCUCGACCCCAGAUUUCACCCUCUUGCCGUGGUUCAUUUUCUCUUGGGCUAUACAGAUCAGACACGCUGUGACAUAACAGAGGAGUGCUGAGGACAGUAUGUUUUGCUCUGGGAUGGUGGGGAGAAGCCAGAACUUCAGACUUUGCUUGUCACCAGGAAAUGGUGCUAAGUCUUCUUUGCAAACUGUUCACAGAAUGCUUGAAAUUGGAAUGCGACUUUUUAAUUCUAAACCCUCCACCUCCAGCUUCCUAAAGGGAAAUCAUCUGCCAUGCAAUUCUGCAAGUGGGGGAAGCAGCAGGCCCUUCGUGUAAAAUGCUGGAAACUUUGUAGCUGAUAUUAAAGAUGUUUUAAGGCUGUAGUAUGAAAACACUAAAAAUAAAACCGAGUCUG